AUGAAUUCUUCUGAGAAUUGGCAACUGAGGCAAAACACAUCUGACAAAAAAUGCGACAAACACAAGGAUGAGAUUGCUUAUUAUUGUGAGGAUCACAAGUCCUUGGGUUGCAGUAAAUGUAUUAUUGUUGGUCACAGGAAAUGUGACAACGUGUCCACAACAGAGGAUUACUGUGAGAAACUGAAUAGUAGCUCCCAACUAGAGGAAAGAAAGACAUAUCUACAGCAAGGAGCAGACGACAUGGAAUCUAUGAUAAAGGAUUUUUAUCUACGACAACAGAACAUUGCAGACGACAAAGAUGCGGUACUGAAAAGCAUCGACGACCUGCAGGAACGUAUGGAUAAACGUAUCAGAGAGAUGAAGAAGGAAAUCACAGAUGACGUAAUCACGGCGUACAAACAGGAAAGAGAAAAUCUGAAGGUGUCCACACAGAAGUGUGAACGGCUGAAGGUCGCUAUACAGAAUACAUUAGAAUCGUCCGCUACAGCUCUACAGAGGAACGACCAUAUGGACACGAUCCGGCUUUACCAGAAAGGUCAGACGGAGCUCGAGGCUUGUAAGGAUCUAGUGAAAGAAAUGCAGAUGUCGAUUUCAACUGUCAGUAUUGAACAUGAAAUCGAUUCGGACGUGACAAGUCUGAACUUUGGUAAAAUCUUUGUCAGAAAGCAACAAAAACAUUUACUAAGUGUCCCAACUCUCGUCAAACCUUUAUCCCAAUGUAAUGUGAAGGAAAUAAGAAAGUUGAACAUAAUAUGUCCGUCUGAUCAAUUUGAUUGUGCUCUCCGUGGUGUUGUAUACUUACCUGACGGCAGAAUUGUGGUGGGAGAUAGAAACAAUAAUAAUAUUAAGUUAAUUAACGACGCAGGGGAUGUUGUGGACGAGUUAAAAUUGGAUGGAAAUCCUUGGGAUCUGUGUAUGGUGGAUAACACCACUGUGGCGGCCGCUAUACCGAGUCCCGGAGGUAUACGUGUAGUGACUGUCACACCCUCCAAACUUACACUGUCGUCUGUAAUAAACAAAAAAACACGAUAUUACGGUAUAACAUACAGAGAUGAUGAGUUUAUCGUGAGUACAGGAUCCGAAGUGUGCAGUGUUAAGAACGACGGGACGACCAAGACGUUAUAUCGAUAUACUGGCAAUGUAUACGCGUUGUCACAUGAUUCCAAGGACGGACAGCUCUUUAUCGCCCAUCAUACCGACAGUACUGGCAGUACGGCGAUUGGUAGGUUGUCUACUGACAACAAGUACACGGACGUGUUGAAGGUUGGUGUAGUUAAGCAUGCGUAUGGAGUGGACGUCGACGUGGAAGGUAACGUCUAUGUAUGUGGUUACAACUCCAACAACGUGGUACAGAUAUCCGGGGACGGGACUAACGUCCGGGAACUGUUAACGGCAGUGGACGGUAUCACAUACCCAAUAGCAAUAUCUGUUUGUGGUGAUAAACUGGUGGUAACAAACGGAUCAGGUCAGAGUAAUUUCAUCCAAGUGUUUCAACUUGUAUGA